GUAUCAAAUUUGUUUUUAUUUAAAUGGACACUAUGUAUUAUAUAAGCUUAUUGAUUUUAUACUAUCUAACUUGCAUUUAUAAUUCAAUACAUGGGAUAGUUCAUACAACAAUACAUAAAAGGCUUCUACCAUUUUAUUACUUGAGUUAUCAAAAGCCUAAUUAUUAUUAUUAUUAUUUGAAUAAAAAAUUAGAUAAAUAUGAUUAUUCAUUGAAUGGUUAUCUUCCAUCUAAUCAAUAUUAUUCCUAUUAUCCAAGAUCAUAUUCUCCAGUGAAUUAUCGAAUUAUUCCUGGCGUUGACAAGCUUAAAACUAUUGAAACGGAAACAUUGAAACAUGUAAAAGAAUUCACUGAAAUUACUACAGAACAUAAAAAAUCUGAUAGUGUUUUACCUUCAUCUACUAGUUAUGAUUUUGAUGAAAAUGAUAUUAAUGAUGAAAAUAAUCAAUUUGAAAUCAAUAAGUUUAUCGAUAAUGGUGCUGAUUAUAAUUUUGAAUCAUUUGCAGGAAAUAACCAAGUAACAAUUACACCAAAUAGUUAUUUGAAUGAAACAAAUAAUUUGAACUAUCAAAAAACAAAACAAUCAGAUAUUUCACUUUCAAGUAAUCAGAAACGAAUAAACAGUAGUGAUAUACCGACAAGUAAACACAACAACAACUCAUAUUCAUCAAAGCAUGUUGAAACACGAUUCAAUGAAAACUUUCUAUACAAAAGACAGAUAAUCAAGCAACGUGAAUCAUUACGUUAUAUUGCACUUCGUCCUUCGAGAAAAAAGAAAAGUUACUGGUAAUUUUUAAGAUGAAUUAUUAUAGACCACUAUUAUCAUAGUAUACUGAAUUUUGGACUGAAAUCUGUAAUUAUGUUUGAUCAUGUAAUAAUUAAAACUGACUAAACAAAGAACGAUAAACAUGAAUGAAUACGAGCUGACAUUAGUUGAAUGAAUUUCUGUUAAGAAAGGCUCUGUGAUUCUUUUAUACACUGAUACCUUCUCUUUUUAUGAAAAUACAAUGCCAUUAACCAAUAUAUCCUAUGUGUUACGCCUGCACGUAAUUACAUCAACUUGAUAUACUUGAA